AUGUCAAUAUUAAAGUCCCGAGAUAAUUCUGACGUGGGAGCAAAACGAAUAUCGCAAUGGGAAGGAUUAAUGCGGAAGUUUUCUGAAUCUCACAAGGAGCAGUGCAAGUCAGUUUCAUUGGACAUUCCCCGUAUUCAGCGAUCUGUCAAACAGUUCCCGACGGGAUCGCAGUACGAAGGCACCUGGGAUGUUCUGGGGAUGAGUGGAUACGGCGUGUACACGUUUCCAAAUGGUGUUAUUUAUGAAGGAGAGCUAGAUGACGGUUUAUUUCACGGCCACGGUGAGCUUAGGUACCCUAGCGGGGAAACUUUGCGUGGUCAAUGGAAGAAGGGUGUACUAGUUGAAAAGACACUGGUAUUCGAUGAUGGGUUGGAAUAUGACGAUGUAGACUGGAAAUACUGCAGAAUGCCCGAUAGAAGGUUUACAAUAGAAAUCAACAAUGGCUUACAACCAGCUGGGCAGUCGUAUAUAACACCUGAACAACCGUCGCGAGACAUACCACCAGGUUACUACGACACCGGCGAUGGAUUUUAUGACCCAAAGACUAAAGUGGUGUACAGUGUACACGAUUUGACAGCGAUUAUAAGUUUCAUCAAAUCUAGUAUACCAUAUAGAUCUCCAUCUGUGCGUGAACAAAAAUGGAUUAUAGAAAACUGUCGCACCAACCCCAUGGAACCUUUAGGACCUCGAAAAGAUCUCUACGAAGAAUGGCUGGAACCCUUGCUUAAACUUCCUCGAAACUCCCGUCAGGACUCCACAGCUUAUGUUCCUUCAACGAAAUCAACUCCUUCUUUCCAGCAAGAUUAUGACUCCGUGUACGAAUUUGGAAUGUGUUUUUGGAGAAAGCCGUCAGAGGGAACAUGGAAUAAGCGGCUAAUUAAAUUUGAACCAUCGGCUCCAAAUUAG